AUGCAGGGGGGAGGUUACAAAGCAUGGCGGCCAACGCUCCUCGACUCACCAGUCUCAGCCCCAGCAUCCCCCGCGGACUCCGCCGUCUCUAUUACCACGACACCAACCCCAGCCGCUCCCCUCUACACCAUUCGUCAGACUCCCAAUGCAGGUCGCGCUGUCUUCGCUACCCGCCGCAUCGCAGCCAACACGCUUCUCUGCACAGCGAGUGACCUUAGCAUAACCGUCCUUCUCCGUGAUUAUCGAAAAGAAGUCUGCGCCCACUGCUUCUUCUACGACCGCGGGACAACCCUGCCGCUUCGCGACCCUUCGACAAAUCUUGUCUUCUGCUCACACCUGUGCCAGGAAACAUGGCUUGCUCAAGCAGGCGACCUUGGCGUACAGGCGUGGACUGCUGCAGAGAGAUUGAGUAAAGGAAAGAGCGGGGAGCAGAGGGACGAAGACUACGAUAUGGUGGACCCGGGCCUCCCGCGUCCUACCACCCAAGAGAUAGCGGUGGCUUGGGAGACUGCCUCGAGUGUGGCAGCGCAGAUCCGACUCGCGCGGGCAGGGAUGUCAACGAAGAGCACCCGCAAAGCGCUCGCUGCGGUGCUGCGAGAGGCGGUCGUGCCAGACGUGCUGGCGUUCUGCGUAUCCUCGAUACUGGUAGCAUACCAGUCACCAGAGCGCUGGCGGAGGAUACUAGACCUGGUGCCGGAUGAGAGGCCCUACCACUCCUUCGUCGACCUGGUUGCGUUCACGCGCUCAUACCUACAGCUCCUCGCCGUCUUACCCACCGAGCUACUCCCCCACGCCACUCCGGAAACGUUGAUCACGGCGUCCUCCCGUGACUCGCACAACUCUUUCGGUAUUCGAAGCCUGGAAGAUGAAGGCAGUGAGUUCUUCGGGUACGGGUGCUGGCCGAGUGCGAGCUUCUUUAAUCACUCGUGUGGACCGAAUGUGAGGAAGGAGAGGAUAGGGAGGGAAUGGAGGUUUGUGGUGGAUAGGGGAGUGGAGGAGGGAGAGGAGCUGUGUAUUAGUUAUUUGAGCGGGGAGGAGAGGACUAUGGGGGUGGUGGGCAGGGGGGGGAGGUUGCGAGGGACGUGGGGCUUUGUGUGUGCGUGUUGGAGGUGUAUCGAGGGGGAGUAA